AGCGGUGCAGUUAUUCACUUAGGCUUCUCCUUCGAGCAGCUGACGGCGAUUCUGCUCGAGGAGAAAACAAAGCGCGAAACAUGUCCGGGCGUGAAUCCGGAUUGCAAGACCCCGAGGCCGCCUCGGGUUUUUCUGACCUGAGCGACUCCGAGUUCUUGCAGAUAGAAGAGCCGAAGAUCGGGGAACCCAAACUCCUAAGUGGUCAGCGUGUUGAUUCUCGGACUGCUAAUGUAGGAGAAAGGAAGAGGAGGACAAUAAAGAGAAAGAGACCGAGGACGCCUCUCGAAGCUUUCUACCUGCGCUAUCUUUGCGUCACAGAUCUCUCGGCUCAAGUGUGGUGUGAGCAAAAGGUAGUUUAUCACAAAGAAAAGCCAAGCGUGCAAUUGCCAGAGAAGACAACGGUUGUGUUAAACACAGGAAAGUCCAUCCAUCUUGCCAGAGAACUGCAAGAUCAUAACCUGGUGCCCGUCAAGACUAGGAGCAGAGAAGACAGAUGGGCCAUCAAGCUGCUUAACGUCCUCCUGACCAUAACUAAUCUACGAGAAGGUCAACGUGUGCGGGAAUGUCCAGUCUUUGGCGUAUUAGAAGGCGUUUUUGUGUUUGGGAUUAUUGAUCAGCUGAAUUAUACGGCUAAAGGGGAAUUGCAACUGAAUGAAUUGAAGACAAGGGAAAAAGCCUACAUGCCUGUACCUGCGCAGAAGAAAAGGGACCGUUUCCAGGUCUCUUUAUAUAAACAUCUCUUUGAUGCCAUGGUGCAAGGAUGCUUAACCCAAGAUAUCUUCGUACAUCACCUUCAUCUGAAGCCCAAACAGUUGCUUGGCCAGGAGAUCCAAGAACAUGCACAAAAAGCUGGAUUCGUGGUGCAGUGCUUCGAAGACCUCCUGGAGCUGGUGCUCCUCAACUUGACCCACUCAGACAUUCUAGCCAUUGACCGACUUCAAAUUGAGUACAUUCAUCAGGAGACCAACACGUUGCUGGGCAGCGAAGUCAUCACCUAUGACCAUGAUGAGUUGAUGUCCAUGUCCCAUUAUUUCUUAGCCUAUUGGAAAGGGCAAAGGGAUCCCAAGGGAGUAGACAUUGAAGACACUUGGAAAUGCUCCUAUUGCGCCUUUGUUGACAUCUGUGAUUGGCGCCGGCAGAGAGCGGACAGCCUGAUCCAAAAGAGCAGUGCGAAGAAAACCUGAGCAAGAGCCAACCCAACCCUAGCCAACUCCCUGAUCUACCCUUCUGUCAUUCUUCCAACAGUAUCACCGGGCUUGCUAAAGACAGCAGAAGCUGUAGCCCAUCGUGUUUUCAACAAGACUUCCUUAGGUCCAUGCAUUUAUUGGAUCGGCCCAACCCCUCUGGCCCAGGAGCCAAAUGACUUUAGCUUCACUAGUUUUCUCUUAUCUUUCUGUACAGAAUGUGAACUUGAUGUGAACUUGACCCCAAGGUAUGAGUGGUAGUGGGUGGGUGUGCAUGCAAGCACAAAUAUGUGCAUGUUAGAAAACAUUCCCAGGUCAAAAUGUUUUAUUGUGAUAAAUGUACACAUAUAUUCUUCUCUUAACUCUAGACAGCCCUAAGCCAGACUACUGUAUUAAUCCAAUGCAUCUAGACAGGUUCGGCAUCCUCUGGUCCCCAUCCAAAGGCAGUCUAGGGCAGAGUUCCCCAACCUUUCCAGGUUGUCCCGGAGGAGGCAAAGAGGGAAUGGUUUUGUGGGAGGGGUAGAUUGCACACGUGAGUGGGGCCACAAAGUGCCUGUGAUGUUCACGUGAUUUGGGCUGCAAACGCCCAUGCAAGAGGGACUGUGAGUUCUCCCAAUACCCACGUGAAUUGGGCCCUGAGUGGCUGUGACACCCUGAGGCCCUGAGCACCACAAGGCUCUGAGCACCUGCAACACUCAUGUGAGUGGGGCCCUGAGCCCCUCCGACAUAGACACCAGCCAGCCACUCAUGCACCCCGAUUGCAAGUAGGCUGCACGGCCCACAGGUUGGGGACCCCUGAUCUAGGAGAUGUGCCUUCUCUAAGGACCGCUGGUGUAGGAGAUACCACCCUGCACUCUGGAACAGCAUCUCCGUCCCUCAGAACGUCUGUGAAAUGGAGGUUUUGUUAAACUCUUUAGCAAAACUUUAAACUCUUCCUCCAUCAUACAUUUUGUCUACAGGUCGCCCUCGACUUACGAUCACAACUGAGGCCGAAGUUUUCCAUUGCUA